GUGCCUAACAGUGUUUCGUGCAGAGAAUGUUUCGAGGUGCUGCUUUGAGUAUAGUGACAGGUAGCCUGGUAGUUCUCAGCGCGUGUACCGGUCUUUCGUCAUGGGAUCUGUCGGACUACAAGAAGCUGAAUGCGACUUAUAGCCAAUUACACGCCAAUAUCGGAGAAUUUUCCUGGAUCGUAAACUUGUCGGUCGGGCUGGUACUGGGCGCGGUACUGGCUGGAUUUACGGUAAACCGCGUGGGAAGAAAACGGAGCCUGUUAUUCCUCGCUCUUCCCCUAUCCUGCUCCUACUUGACGACGAUAUUUGCGACCAAUGUCAUACCUCUGUGCAUGUCGGCUUUCGUGGCAUCUACCGUUGUGGGAGGAUCAUUUACGAUUCUGGUGAUAUACAUCGGGGAGUUGUGCCCGGAGGAUUACCGCCACGUGGCGCUUAGCUUCCUCAACGUGCUAAUAACUUUGGGGACAUUCGUUUACCAUGUACUGAUCCCGCACCUCAGUUACAGUCACCUAAACAUUGCGCUGCUCUGCCUGGAAAUAGUAACUGGCGUCACAUUUCUGAUCGUCGGAUCCGAAUCACCAUACUACCACGUGACUAAACGUCAGUUUAACUCUGCCAGGGUAACGUUGCGAUACCUCCGCGACGAUGAUGAUGUCGACGGAGAGCUCGACGACAUCAAGAAUAUCGUCCACGUCAAACGCAUCGACAAUGUGUGGAAAGAAAUAAAAUCGAAAGAAGUUAAAAGUUCCAAUUUCGUAGUCUCCAAUCUCUUGCUGUUCCAGCAGUUCUCCGGAGUGUACGCUGUGUUGUUUUACACGCAAACGGUUCUCCAGAAUGCCACAUCGCCGGAACUGUCGGCGAUAAUCGUCAGCGCGAUACAUCUACUGUCAAGUUUGGCGAUUCCUGCUGUCGUCGCCAGCUACAGAAGGAAAUUGCUCCUGAUUGUGUCCGCCCUCGCCAUGAGUUUAUCUCAGGCGAGUUUAGGGGUGUACGCCUAUUUAAACGAGCACAAUCUGGAAGUAUCGCGUGUUGCGUUUCUCCCAUUGCUCUCGCUGAUCGUAUAUUCGUUAGCAUUUAAUGUCGGGUUCGGUCCAGUGCCUUGGAUAAUGCUUUCGGAAGUCUUUCCGUACAAUGUGAAACACGGUUUCGUCGCAUUGAACGUAGGUUGUGCGUGGAUGAACAAAUUUAUGUCAAUUAACGUGUAUUUGAAGCUGUCGAGGUCCAUCGGCUUCAGCUGGUACUUCUUUUUGUUCGGCACGUUGAACCUGGUCGCGGGAAUUUUUGCCAAGUUCGUCGUUAAAGAAGGUCAAGUUAACCAGGCGUCGCAGAAGCAUGACGAUUUAUGACUGGAAAAUAACAAAUUUGGGGUUGUGUUUGGUUUCAUGUAUGAUAAGAGUAAAAAGGUGGUAACGUUAAAAAUUUUAACGGGUUCAAAAUAGCGAAUUGAUAUUGAUUUGGUUAUUUCCGGGUUGACGGAAACAACCUAAAAUUUUGAAAUUAAAAUUACAAUCUCUAUAUUUUUUUGUUGUAUUUUUGGGCUUCGGAUGUUAUUCUUCGCAUAAUAGGGGAGGCCCAUCAUUGUAUUUGUUAUUUCCUGAAUGGAGUA